AUGUCUGUAGGAUAUACUUCACCUUUUGCUCAAAAUGCACAAACAAAUGCUAAACCAACAAAUAGUGGACCAGAAACAAUGGCUAUUAGAUUAACUGUUGUUAGUGGUAAACAAUUAAAAGCUAUGGACAUUCGUUCUUCUGAUCCUUAUGUUAUUGUUUCAGUUGGUAUUGAACAAAGAAAAACAAAGACUGUUACGAAAAAUUUGAAUCCAACUUGGGGAGAUACUUUUGAAUUCUAUAACGUUGUUCCUGGAACUAUGGCUACUUUUACUGUCAUGGACUAUGAUAAACAUGGUAAAGAUGACCAUAUGGGAAAUGCUUCUUUGGUUAUUCAAAAGCUUCCACCAGGCCAAAUGUCUAAUAACGAACUUCCUUUAUCCACUAAGGGUUCUAUUUGUAUUCAAUACACUAUCAUCUCUAGUUCUUCUAGUGCAAAAACCUCACAACAAUCUAGUGCUAAACCUGCUCAACAAUAUCCAGGUCCUCAACAAGGUGCUCAACAAGGAUACGGUGCAUAUCCAGGUUAUCCUCAACAACAAUACCCAGGUUAUCCACCACAAGGCCAACAACAGUAUCCAGGUUAUCCACCACAACAACCAGGAGCACCAGUCCAACAACAAUACCCAGGUUAUCCUCAACAAGCACCACAAGGCCAACAACAAUACCCAGGCUAUCCUCAACAAGGAUACGGUGCAUAUCCAGGUUAUCCUCAACAAGCACCACAAAGCCAACAACAAUACCCAGGCUAUCCACCACAACAACCAAGAGCACCAACCCAACAACAACCACAAGGUUCCUCUGGAAAACCAGCAACCCAACCAGGAGCACCAGCUCAACAACAAUACCCAGGUUAUCCACAACAAGGUGGUUAUCCUCAACAAGGUGGUUAUCCUCAACAAGCACCACAAGGCCAACAAUAUUCAGCACCACAACAACCAGGAGCACCAGCUCAACAACAAUACCCAGGUUAUCCACAACAAGGAUAUGGUGCAUAUCCAGGUUAUCCACAACAAGGUGUUCAAGGUCAACAACCAGGAUACCCACAACAAGGAUAUGGUGCAUAUCCAGGUUAUCCACAACAACCACCAAAAUAA